AUGUCCGCCGUUUUACAACAAACCCCAAUCACGUUCCGCUCCCGUUCGCCGCCGUCGGCCUGGAUCCGGCCCAACGCCGUAUCCAAGCUGUCCCUCUUCUCCGGCCUGAGCCUCCCCCGCCUCGCAGUCAGCCGCCGUCGCGGCGGAGGCGCUCUCUGCGCGAGCAUGGCCAAUAGCGCCGCCGGUAGCUAUGCGAACGCUCUCGCGGACGUCGCCCAAUCGAACGGCACCCUCGAGCAGACCGCAGCCGAGCUGGAGAAGGUGGUGGAGAUAUUCUCCGACGAGGCGGUGCUGGGCUUCUUCACCAACCCGACCAUCGGCGAGGAUGAGAAGCGCGAGAUCGUUGACAAGAUAUCGGAGUCGUGUGGGCUGCAGCCGUAUGUAUCGAAUUUCCUCAACAUUCUGCUGGACAUGAAGCGGAUCGAGCAGAUUGGGGAGAUUGCCAAGGAGUUCGAGGCAAUGUACAACCAAUUGACUGAUACCCAAGUUGCGGUGGUGACUUCGGUGGUGCAGCUGGAGGCCCAGCACCUGGCGCAGAUAGCAAAGGAGGUGCAGAAGCUGACGGGGGCCAAGAACGUGCGCCUUAAGACGCGGAUAGACCCGUCGCUGGUGGCCGGCUUCACCAUCCGCUAUGGAGGCUCGGGUUCUAAGUUGAUUGAUUUGAGCGUCAAGAAGCAACUUGAGGAGAUUGCAACACAGAUAGAUCUUGAGGACAUUCAAUUGGCUGCAUGA